CUGCUGCCGCCGCCGCCGUCGCCGCCGCUGAUUACAAAAGCGCUGUCAAGCGCAUCAAGCUGGACACGGUUGUAGAACUGGGAACCAACGAGACCGACGUGAACGGGAGCAAUAUCAUCAUGACGGACACGGCGGCCGCCGCCGCGACCGACACUCAGAAGCGAGCUAACUUUUCGGCGUUGACAGUUGGCAAUCCGAACGGUGUCAAUAAGAUCUCGUCGAAUUUGGCAAACGCAAAACCCGGCUCCGCUAAAAAGCUCGUUAUCAAGAACUUCAAAAAUAAACCCAAGUUGCCAGAAAAUUAUCAGGAACAAACAUGGGAAAAGUUGCAGGAGGCUGUAAUUGCUAUACAAACCAGCAAAAGUAUCCGCUAUUCUCUAGAGGAGCUCUAUCAGGCAGUUGAGAAUAUGUGUAACCAUAAAAUGGCCUCUACACUUUAUACAAACUUGACUAUUCUAACAGAAUCUCAUGUGAAAGCCAAUAUAGAGCAGUUUUUAGCAGAAUCCAUGGACAGACAUAUAUUUCUGAAGAAAAUGAAUGAGUGUUGGUUGUCACAUUGCAGACAAAUGAUAAUGAUCAGAAGUAUAUUUCUUUAUCUUGACAGGACGUAUGUUUUGCAAAAUCCAAGCAUCUCAUCGAUAUGGGAUAUGGGGCUGCAUCUCUUCCGAUUACAUAUUGUGCUAAAUAAUUUGGUACAAACACGUACAGUUGAAGGUCUUCUUAUGCUUAUAGAGAAGGAACGGCAGGGCGACACUGUAGAUCGAACUCUUCUCAAAUCAUUAUUGAGAAUGUUGUCAGAUUUACAAAUCUACCAAGACGCCUUUGAAACGAAGUUCCUAAUAGCUACAGAGAGAUUGUAUGCUGCUGAGGGUCAACGAUUGAUGAGCGAACAUGAUGUUCCUGAGUAUUUGGCUCACGUGGAUAAACGUUUACAGGAGGAAAAUGAACGAUUAUUACAUUAUCUGGAUACAUCAACCAAGUGGUCACUCAUACACACUGUAGAAAAACAAUUGUUGUCUGAACAUAUUACUAGUAUUUUACAAAAAGGCUUAAGCGGAUUGUUGGAUGAAAAUAGAAUUGGUGACCUAUCAUUGCUUUACAACUUAUACAGUCGGAUAAAGAAUGGCCUUGUAGAGCUUUGUGUAAACUUCAAUUGUUAUAUUAAGAAAAAGGGCAAAACAAUAGUGAUAGAUCCUGAAAAGGAUAAAACAAUGGUACAGGAGUUGUUAGAUUUUAAGGAUAAAAUGGAUAAUAUAGUUAACACAUGUUUUCAUAGAAACGAAAAGUUUGCCAAUAGCUUAAAAGAAGCUUUUGAAGCUUUCAUUAAUCAAAGAGCAAAUAAACCAGCAGAAUUGAUAGCCAAAUUCGUUGAUUGUAAAUUACGCGCUGGAAAUAAAGAAGCAACGGAAGAGGAAUUGGAAAGAUUGUUAGAUAAAAUUAUGGUGUUGUUUCGAUUUAUCCACGGAAAGGAUGUUUUCGAAGCUUUUUACAAGAAGGAUUUGGCCAAACGUUUGUUGGUGGGGAAAUCAGCUUCAGUAGAUGCCGAAAAAUCAAUGUUGUCGAAAUUAAAACAGGAAUGCGGAGGCGGAUUCACUAGUAAACUGGAAGGAAUGUUCAAAGAUAUGGAACUUAGCAAAGAUAUUAACAUUGCAUUCAAACAGUACGCAGGCAACUUGCAAAGCGAAUUAGUGGCUAGUAAUUUAGAUUUAACUGUAUCUAUACUUACUAUGGGAUAUUGGCCUACGUAUCCUGUGAUGGAAGUAACUCUACCGAUGGAAAUGGUGCAGUAUCAAGACGUGUUCAAUAAGUUUUAUCUGGGGAAACAUAGCGGUAGAAAAUUGCAGUGGCAACCAACUUUAGGUCAUUGUGUGUUGAAAGCAUGGUUCAAUCAGGGUAACAAAGAACUGCAAGUGUCGUUGUUUCAAGCUUUGGUUUUAAUUCUCUUUAACGAUUCUGAUAAUCUGUCGUUGGAGGAUAUCAAGGCCGCGACAAAUAUCGAGGACGGCGAACUGAGAAGAACCCUUCAAUCUCUAGCGUGCGGGAAGGCUCGUGUUCUCCAAAAGAAUCCGCGUGGUCGAGAUGUUGCCGAUAAUGACAGAUUCGUAUUCAACGGAGAAUUUACAAAUAAAUUGUUCAGAAUUAAAAUCAAUCAAAUCCAAAUGAAAGAAACGAAUGAAGAGCAAAAAGCAACAGAAGAGAGAGUAUAUCAAGACAGACAAUAUCAAAUAGACGCUGCUAUAGUCAGAAUAAUGAAAAUGAGGAAAACUCUAACUCACAAUCUUCUUAUCAGUGAAUUAUACAAUCAACUAAAGUUUCCUGUGAAGCCUGCAGAUUUAAAGAAACGGAUCGAGUCUCUUAUAGAUAGAGACUACAUGGAGCGAGAUAAGGAUAAUGCAAAUCAGUACAAUUACGUUGCGUAACCUAAAAUGAAUGCCAAAGGUACAUUCGAUCACCGGAUUGACGCUGAUUCCUUUAGUAAAUUGAAAUUAUCGCCAUCAGUGUUUGUCUAUUGUGAAUGUGAACAGGUUGUAUUUGAAAUGAGAGACUAUGUAAACUAAACUGACUGUCGGCAUGCCGCUUAUGACGUGUGUGGUCAUUUCGUACAAAAAAGGGAAAAGAAAAAGACUCGCCUCAGUGAACUUCCUCGUUUUGAUUUUCGUAGUUAAUAUAUAUGUGUAUGUAUACACACAUACAUACACACAUAUAUGUACAUAUGUAUAAGGAGGAUACUGAAUAAUUGCAAUUACUCUUUGAUCAGUGAUGUGUUGUUUCUGAAUUUUGAAAACAAAAAAAAAAGAAAAAAAGGACCAUAAAGCGGAAUAUCCUUAAUAUAAUGUCCUAGAGUGUAACAAUUUUUUAUGCAAUGCAGUUUUUCACAGCAUAUUUAAGCUAAGAAGAUGUAAUAAAAAAAUGCAGAUGUAGUAUACAUAUUGUGACACUACCAUAAAAAUAGAAAAGAUAUAAGAGUGCAAAACAAAUUGCAAUAUAAAUUAGUUAAUUGGAAAAAAUGAACAGUGCAGUAUUUAUAAAAAAAAUAAAAACUCGACAUUUCGUAUUUAUGAACAAUAAUGGUACUUAUCUUUCAAAUUUGCAAAUUAUUUCUGCUAUAAUAUUGUUUUAGUUUUUUUCUUUACAUAUCUCUAUGAAAAACAAUCUUUUGUGGGAGUUUUCCCUAGAAUUAUGAACAAAAUAUAAAAACACAAUGCAUUUGCAAACACGAAGCAUAUACAGAUUUGUAAUUUUAAUAGGUGUGACAUCCAAAAAAAGUAAAAAUAAUAGACUCCUCUGAAAGGAAAACAUAUUUGGUAAAAUACAUAAGUAUUCGUGUAUUAAGUAUAUCUCAGUAAUAAUACGUUACUUUAUUUGUAAGUGAGGAACAAUUUACUAAAAAUAUAUAUAAUGUUCAACAAAUAUAUUUUUCACUAAAUUUUAAGGACAAUUUUAAUAAAAUAAAUUUUUAAUAAAAGUGGCUCACAUUACAUUGAAACAUGACUUCAUUACCAAGACAGAAUUAUUUUAAUAUUCUUGAAUCAGUCGGAGAUAAUAUAAGAUUCCGAUAAGCAGAACAUUUGUUAUUGAGAUAUACGCGCGAGAAUUAAUCUAGUAUAAUUACGCAAAAGUAAAUGAACAUUCAAUGCUGGCUCGUUAAAUUCUGUGUUACCCAAACUAAAUUUACAAAUAACACUUCUAAUGCAAAGAAAGUUUAAUACAAAUUCUUAAAAAAAAAAAAAAAAUCGUAAAAAUCA